GAUAACAAUAAAUGUGGUGAAUUUUGUAAUUUUCAUCGUAUUGUCGCGGGCUCAUACCUAAGUACGAAGUAGUGAGUACUACUGAACUACUAAUCAUUGAGCUUCGGCUCGCCAACCUGCCAAUAAGCAUUAGUUAUAUUAUUUUUUACUUUGCCAUUCCCUUCCACGGCCUCAUUGAUCAUUAACGUUCGCAUUUCAAUUUGUGCCUAUCGAUGUUCUGUAUGAAAUAAUUUUUCUUCGAUUCUCCACAGUCGACUUGGUUCGUCAAUCGAUUCCGCUAAAUUCUGUGAAUUUUCGCGUUUACAUGUCGUUAUAAUAAUAUUUGGUCCAGUUGUCAUCGCUGUCUGUCAAAGCGAGAGUCAAUUUAUAAUAUUUCAUCCGAAAAAAAUAAAAAUAAAACUUGGACCGCGCGGUGUGAUAUCGGAGAACUGCCGAACUGCAUUGUUAGACAUUGUUUGCGAUCUGUUCCAUAACCAUGGAACAAAAUGAUAAAUCUAUACUUAUUCAAUCAAAUACCGUAUUCAAAAGACAUGAUGAAUGUCUUCAAUAUCCAAAGUUAUGUAAUAAUGGCUGGGAGACUAUGUAUACAAAUUAUAUGACAAAUAUGUUAAGAGCUGUCAAUGAUUAUAGUGAAAUAAAUCGUUUGUGCUUGCUAAUUACACUUGAUUUAACAGGUAGUAAUGUAAAAUUUACCGUCCGUAAACUACGCAGAGAUAAUUUAAGAAGACCCUCUAAAGCAAUAGAAUUAUCUAGCAAUUUGAAAGACAUAUUACCAGAUGCAGAUCCUAUUUAUUUAGAUCUCGUUGGAGAAGUUUUUGUAUAUGAUGAAAAUGGUUUAAGUGAAUUCAUUGAAAAAGUUACUACAAAAAAGAAAACUUAUCCAAAAUUACAGGAAUACAAUGAUCGGAUUAAACUUAUUAGUAUUAUAAAAAGCUUAACUGAAGAUUUCCAAGUAGAGGAGUAUUUAAAAAUAUGUCCUGAUCCUAUUCAUUACUUCAAAAAUGUAAAAUUGAAUUCAAGCUCUUAUCAUCACCAAGAAUCAAUGUCUUAUUUGAGUAAAAGAUUUGAUCUUAUUUCUAUAGCUAAGCUUCGAACUUUUUUACUUAUAAAUGAAUUCAAUCUAACUGCUACAGUUGAUGCUCUAUGUAAAGAUACUAGCCACGUAUAUUUAAAGAGUAAAAGAAAAUCAUUUUUUCAAAAUGAUUAUAAAACAACAGAGAAUAUUGAAUUUUUGAAAGAAAUUGCAUUCCUUGAUCAUAAAGAUGAAAUUCUGAAUCAUAUUGAAACUAAAAAAACCAUUCAUAAAAUUAAAAUUGAAGAAGCUAAAUCUUCUGGUCAAUUAAGCACUUGCGAAUGUUGUUAUGAUGAAGAACUUUUAGCUUCUGAAGCUUAUUUCUGUCAAGCUGGUCAUAAAUUUUGUGCAUCAUGCAUUAAAAGAGGCAUUGAAGCAUAUGUUGGUAUAGGUAAAAUAGAUUUUAAGUGUUUUGCUAAUUGUAAUGAAGACUUAAAUUUAACAAUGAUUAAAAAUUUUAUUGAUGAUAAACUGUAUGAACGUAUAUUGAGAUUAAAGCAAGCCCAGGAAAUCAAAGCAGCCGAUAUUGAAGGACUGGAAACAUGUGCUUUUUGUGAUUACUCAGUUAUUUUAUCUUCCGAUCUCAAAAUCAUCAACUGUUUAAAUCCUGAUUGCAAAAAAGAAACUUGCAGGGAGUGUCGAGAAGAAAGCCAUUUUCCAUUCAAAUGUGAUCAAAUAGAAAAAACUCCGGAAGUGCAAAUUAGAACUAUGAUUGAAAACAAAAUGACUGAUGUACUUAUUAGAACUUGUUAUUACUGUAAACGGAAGUUUGUGAAGGAAGAUGGUUGUAACAAAAUGACAUGUAGUUGUGGCAAAAAAAUGUGUUAUAUAUGUAGGAAACCAGUCAAUGAUAAUUACUCUCAUUUUUACCACAGUCAUGUGAUAGAAGAUAAAUGUCCGUUGUAUACUGAUGAAAAUAUUGUUCAUACUAAGGCUGUAGAAGCAGCUGCUAGAUUAAUAAUUAACAAAAUAAAGGUGAAACAACCUGAAUUGUUAAGGAAAAUUGAUAUCAAUAAGAUUUUACCAGAACUACAAAAAACAAAUUCACCGCAUAUUUCUGCUUUAGAUGAGGAUAAAGUAGUUGCUUUGCUCAUAGGUCAGAAUGUUGAAGACGUAAAAAAUCUCCAAGAUAUGAGGACAUUGGAACCUAAAUUGAAAAAAGCUAGACGUUAAAUUAAUGAUUUCAUAAAAGUUAAAUUUGAAUCUUUUGUAAUUUUAUAAAUGUAUUUUAUAUUGAUAAGUUAAG